AUUAACAUCAUUAUUUUUUUCAAUUAUUUUUAAUUCAAAAAAAAAAUUAAUCUAUUUUAUUAUUAAUUUAUGUGGCAUUUUGAUUGGUAAUAAGAGAAUAUUGUGAAUUUAAAGGUUCAACCUACCUAAGUGUUGUUUUUUUACUAAUACGCGUAAAAGAAAAUACAAUUUCUCUUAUUUACAGUUAUCUUACCAUAAUUAUUAACUGAGUUUAUCGCCUACAUUAGGCUACCUCCAUAAUCAUUUCUUUUAGUUAACUAAAAAGUUUGGGUGUUAUUCGAAAAAAGUUCGUAUGUUUUAUUACCUCGAGGAGUAUUGCACACAAAUGUGUUGUAGAAAAUAAAAUAAAUAUUUUAUUAUAGAAGACAAUGGCAUUUUUAAAUGAGACAAUGACGAGGAUUGAGAAUUACACUCCUUUCUUCUUCUUUUAUUCUCCCUCUCUGUAAGUCAUAAGUGCUGUUUCUGCAGUUAUAUCUUUCUCUCUUUUUAUCUCUCUCUCCAGUAUUUAAAUAGAGAAGUAAUAUAGACAAAGUGGUAGUGAGAUGAUCAUGUUCGAGUCAAGAAGCAGUGUGAGAGGUUCAAACUCAGUCCCAGAUCUGUCUCUUCAGAUCAGCCUUCCAAACUCUCACGCCGAGAAACCCCUUCACGGCAGUGAACGGAGCUUCACCACAAGCAGUGACUCCGGAAGCAGCCUCAGUGAGUUAAGCCAUGAGAACAGCUUCUUGAAGAAACAUCUCUUGAGCCUAGGCUUUGAUCAUCAUCAUCCAUAUCAUCAUCAUCAGAGGCACAGCUCAAACAUGUUCCAACCACAAAUCUACGGUCGAGAUUUCAAGAGAACCUCAUCUUCUGUGGUUAGUCUUAAACGAAGUAUCCGAGCUCCAAGAAUGAGAUGGACUUCUACUCUCCAUGCUCAUUUCGUCCAUGCUGUUCAACUUCUUGGAGGCCAUGAAAGAGCAACGCCUAAAUCAGUCUUGGAGCUGAUGAAUGUGAAGGAUCUAACCCUAGCUCAUGUCAAGAGUCACUUGCAGAUGUAUAGAACAGUGAAAUGCACUGAUAAAAGAUCAUCAGGAGAAAGAAAGGUGGAGAAAGAGGCAGAGCAGAAGACAGAGGACAAUAAUAAUAAUAAUGAAGACGCUGAUGCUGACCCAAUUUCGCCAAACUCAUCAUCUGUGCAAAAGACCCAAAGAUCUCCUUGGUCUUCCACUAAGGGAGUGUCUAUGAGCAUAUCACAAGCAGAUCCUCACAUGGAAAUAAAUCGUAUCACUAAGGAUGAUGUGGAGAAAGAUCAUCUCAGCUUGGAAUUCACCUUGGGGCGGCCGAGUUGGGGGAUAGACCAUGUGUAAAUCAUCCAGCGAUCUAACCCUUAUCAAGUGCUAAUUGUUUCACUUGGAGAACUACAAUAAUUUAAUAAGUCAGCUUAGUUAUUUUUUAAUCACCUUAGUUAUAUCUAUUUAACAUAUUAACUUGUUUGAUCAUAUGGACUUUGGAAGAAUCAUUAUCAUCUUAUAUGUACGAUCUUCCAGUACUGUUCACGAGAUUUUUGUGAUGCAUAAACAAGGGAUUUGGGUUAAGUAGUAGGCAUGGUAUUGUGGUAGUGGAUGAGAAGAGAGUACAAGUUCAAGAUUUUUGUUGCGAUCUUCAAAAACAUCCCAAUCUUCCUUUAUCACACUCUAAUAUAUUGGAAAAGAUUCUCUGGUAACUAAAAAGCUACUACUGCCUCUUUCCUCAUUUGGUAUGCUUCACUGCUCCCACUCUGGUUUAUAUGAAGAGGUUUUUUGGAACAUGGUCAAUUGUUUUUCACUUGCUCCAUUAAGCAAAAUCUGUUGGUUUAGUAAUCAUUUUACUUUAUUGAGUGCUAAUUGUUUGAAUAAUUGGUCGAAAAAUAUAUUGGAAGAUGUGUGUUAGAAAUUGAUCGAAAUGUAUAUUUUAUUUUUGAAAGAAGAUGGAAUGUAUAUUUUUUAUUACUAAAAUAGAUAUGAUCUUUGAUCUUGAUCGAUAGCAUUGUUACGUAAUGCCACAACUCCCUUUACUUCCUACAGAACUUCGGGCUUCCUCAUGGGGCUUAAACAAAUACGUCGGAAUUUGAUAUCGAUAUUUAUUUCUAAAUGUGAAAUUAAAUGUCUAGUAAAAAAAAUGUCUAGUCGAAAGCAUAACUCGUUUUGUAUUUGUAAUCAUG